UUUAAACUGUGUAUUCUUUGGGACGUGAGUGUGACCAAGGUCCUUGAGUUAGCUCUGAACAUCUGAACAAACGAACAUCAGACAUCGCCAUUAAACCGGAGACGGCCUAACCAUGAGGCCGAAGACUUUCCCUGCCGCCCCAUACGUGGGUAACACGCGGCAGCGUCUGCAAGACAUCAAGGAAGGGCUAAAGCAGCCAGCAAAGCUGGUGAGUCAGGCGCUCCAUGGGGGCAGUGCACGGGGUGAGGGGAGCAGAGGGAGUGAGUCCAAGGGCAAAGACCCCGCUGGCAGACAGCAGCAGAUCCGCCAGCCCCAAAAGUUCAACAACUACCAGAAUGCCCUGCGUGAGAUCCGCAAGUCCCUGAUGCCGUUCGCCAACGGCAACGAAUCGGGCCAAGCGUCCAGCUCAUCGCACCCCACCGGUGACGUCAACAGGCAGAUGUUGCAAGAGCUGGUCGAUGCCGGUUGUGAUCAGGAAAUGGCUGUCCGUGCACUGAAGCAAACAGGCAGUCGUAAUAUAGAGGCGGCGCUGGAGUACAUUAGUAAGAUGGGCUACCUAGACCCUCGCAACGAGCAGAUCGUUAGAGUCAUUAAACAGACCUCCCCAGGUAAAGGUGGCAUGCCAAACUCCAUGGACCACAGACCAGCGAUGGAGAACACCAGUGAUGGUGGUAUGCCUCCCUACCACCCAAUGGGGGCGCCACUGUACGAGGGGGCUGGGUAUGGGGCAGAGGGCGAGAUGCCCCGGUCUUACAUGGGUACCGCAUCAGUCAUGAACUACAUGAUGCCCCCUUCCAGUGCGGCACAGGGAUCCAGCAUGGGGAACCCAAUGGGUCGCCCACCCAGCAUGGGAGCCUAUCCCACAAGCAUGGCUGCUCAGAACCCCCAGAGUACCCCCAUGUACUCUUCUUGCCCUAACCAGCAGAAGGGCUACACAGGUGGGAUGGAUCAAGCUAUGAUGGGCUACACUGUGCCUGGUCAGCCUUUGCAGCUCCAGUCUCAGCCACCAGGGGGACCCCCUGGACCUCACUACGACUACAGGCAGCAUAUGAUGGACCCCUCUGGCUACGGGGUCAAGCGGAGCGCCUCUUUCCAAAACAAGAUGCCUCCGCUGGCGCCGGACAACUACGUCAACAUGCAGGGUAAAGGGGCGCUCGGCCAAAGUGGGGGUGGCUACCCUCCGAAUCUCUACCUUCCGCCCCAUUCACACCCCCGUCAGGCAAGCCCCACUUCCCACCAGGUCCACAUGAUGUCAAGGCCGCCGGCAGGAGUGGCCACCGCCAUGGGCACGGAUUUCCCCGACAUCCCCAAAAGCCUGCUAACUCCGUCCAGGGCCAGCCUUAACCUGGAUCCGUAUGAUCACCACUGGGCUGGGGCUCAAGGACCUGACGGGGCUCCCCCUGCCAGGCAACCCCAGCCACAAGGGCCCUUCAGAGGCGAGGUACGGGUUCCUAGCCGAACAAACUCCUUCAACAACCACCAGAAGGUGAACGUCAGGCAGGCGAUGCCCCCACCACCCACCAGCGUGGCUGGAAAGCAGGAGACUGGAAUGGGCCCGCCGAACACCAUCACCGCAGUAACGUCUCCGCCCAUCCAGCAGCCUGUGAAGAGCAUCCGGGUCAUGAGGCCCGAACCAAAAACCGCCGUGGGACCAUGCCACCCAGGCUGGUUGCCUGCUCAGGCCCAAGAGGCACCUGAAGCCCAUGGCUACAUUCCUGAUGAAGGCUACACCUUGGAGCCUUCGCAGGAGCCCCGUUGCCCUCCCCCACCUUACCCUAAAACACUGCUUCUGCCUGGGGCUGGGACAGAACCUGCACCCCUUGAGGCUGGAGCAGUAGGUGGGGCUCCAGAGCUCAAUGCCACAAGCAGGACCGUACAGAGUGUUGCGGGAGGGAAACAAGAAGAGCCUGUAACCAAAGAGAAAACCAAGACGGGGAAGGGAGAGAAAGCAGUGAAGGAUAAGAAGCAGAUUCAAACAUCGCCCGUGCCUGUGAGGAAGAAUGCUCGUGAUGAGGAGAAAAGGGAGUCGCGCAUUAAGAGCUACUCACCCUUUGCCUUUAAGUUUUACAUGGAGCAGCACGUGGAGAAUGUUAUGAAGACUUACCAGCAGAAACUUCAGCGCAGAAUGCAGUUGGAGCAAGAGAUGUCCAAGGCGGGCCUAUCAGAGGCAGAACAGGAGCAGAUGAGGAAAAUGCUCAACCAGAAGGAGUCCAACUACAACCGACUACGCCGCGCCAAGAUGGACAAAUCGAUGUUUGUCAAGAUCAAGACGCUGGGCAUCGGCGCUUUCGGAGAGGUGUGUCUGACCCGUAAAGUUGACACGGGGGCUCUCUAUGCCAUGAAGACCCUAAGAAAGAAAGAUGUUCUGAACCGGAACCAGGUGGCCCACGUCAAAGCGGAGCGAGACAUUUUGGCGGAGGCAGACAAUGAGUGGGUGGUUCGGCUUUACUACUCCUUCCAGGACCGGGACAGCCUGUACUUCGUAAUGGACUACAUUCCUGGAGGAGACAUGAUGAGCUUGCUGAUCCGUAUGGGGGUAUUCCCCGAGCCCUUGGCCAGGUUCUACGUCGCCGAGCUAACUUUAGCGAUCGAGAGCGUGCACAAGAUGGGCUUUAUCCAUCGAGACAUCAAGCCUGACAACAUCCUCAUUGACCUGGAUGGACACAUCAAGCUGACUGAUUUUGGCCUGUGCACCGGCUUCCGCUGGACACACAACUCCAAGUACUACCAGAAAGGGAGUCAUGUGAGACAGGAUAGCAUGGAGCCCAGUGAUUUCUGGGAUGACGUGUCAAACUGUCGCUGCGGUGACCGGCUAUUGACUCUGGAGCAGCAGGCAAUCCGCCAGCAUCAGCGCUGCUUGGCACAUUCUUUGGUUGGCACGCCCAAUUACAUCGCUCCUGAGGUGCUUUUGCGGAAAGGAUACACGCAGCUAUGUGACUGGUGGAGUGUCGGGGUGAUUCUCUUUGAGAUGUUGGUGGGCCAGCCGCCAUUCCUUGCCCCAACUCCAACAGAGACGCAGCUCAAGGUGAUAAACUGGGAGAGCACAUUGCAGGUGCCUCCACAGGUGAAACUGAGCCCAGAGGCCGUCGACAUCAUUGGCCGUCUGUGUUGUUCUGCCGAGGAGCGCCUUGGGGCGAACGGUGCCGGCGAAAUAAAGGCUCACCCUUUCUUCGGCCCGAUAGAUUUUUCCAGCAACCUGCGCACCCAGCCAGCUCCUUAUCGCCCUAAAAUUUCCCAUCCCAUGGAUACGUCAAACUUUGACCCCGUGGAGGAGGAGGGCGGUCCAGGAGCGUGGAGUGACAGCGGAGACAGCACCCGUGCCUGGGACACGCUCUGCUCCCCCCACAGCAAACACCCAGAGCAUGCCUUUUACGAGUUCACCUUCCGCAGGUUCUUCGACGACAAUGGCUGCCCGUUCCGCUAUCCGAAGCCGCUGGAGGCCCCCCAAGACCCUCCCGGCAGUAGCGGAGCCAGCAGUAUGGGCCCGGAGGAGGAGGAGGAGGAGGAGGAAGAAGCACACGAAGAGGAGGAGGAAGAAGAGGAGCAAGGAGAGGGAUGUGAGCCAGUGUAUGUGUAGGGACACUGGGAAAAGGGCCAAACGUGAGCUAAAUCAAUAGACACAGAGCACAAAAGCCCAGUAACUCCCCCUCCCUCCCCAGUCUACCACCACCACUCCUCUUGCAGGGUCUGCAUGUCUGUGUAUGUGAGGGAAAGAGAGAUGAGAAUGGAAAGAGAAAAAGGACUACGGUGUUGUAUUUUCGAACGGGAUCCUUUUGUUUGAAAGAUCCAAGAAAGAAACUCUGACCUGGGACCAACGAGCCUCACGGUCCAGGGACCUGCGUGAUUUUGUUUGACCGGACUCAGGCUCACUUAACAGCAAAACGCAGUCAAACAGCUGCGUUUUGUGGUGGUCUC